AUGGCCACCAAUUUAGACAACGCAUUUGGAUCCUUUCGCCGUCUUCGUGAUCGGCUUCAAUCUCCACGCUUUGUAUUGGCGGAUGCAGGGACUCAUGGCUUGUCUACGAUUUCUCCCGAACUAGAUGGUGACAUCGCAACAUUAGCUCCUAAGCGUCCGUACUCAGCUUCUUCAGUGGAUGACAGGGACCUCGUUCACCUCGACACCACUGUUCGAAGGACCCUCACGUUGGUCUCCACUAUUUUAUCAGCAACUGAAGCACUUUCGUCGGCUCUAGCUCAUGCAUCUUCCUCAGAAGAAUCCUGUAUUCGAGGUGCUGUGACCCUCAUCCAGGAUAAAACGACAGCUAUACUAGACCUCCUUGCUCACCAUGCGGGAUCUUUCACUUCUCUUCGUUAUCCUCUACCUCUUGCCACCACACCUCCGACAACGUGCAAACCGCCUCAACAUCUGUAUCCAGCCAAACAACUUCCAGUUCUCAUAGACACCAUAAACACGUUACUUGUAAAGAACGCAAUAGAGUGUCUGGGCACUCAGCCAAUGACACCAGGGUUCUAUUCUCCAAUUUUUCUGGUUCCCAAGAAAAACAGUCCUCAACUGCGUCUCAUCUUCAACAUGAAAACCUUCAACAAACUAUACCUAGAGACUCCUCCACACUUUCGCAUGACAUCAAUCGCUCUACUACGAACGAUUAUUCAUCCCGGCGACUUCAUGAUCAGCCUAGAUAUACAAGACGCGUACUUACACGUCCCUAUCCUGCCAGAGCACCGCCAUUUUCUUCGGUUUGUGUUCCUAGGCCAACACUACCAAUGGCGAGUGCUCCCAUUUGGAAUUUCUUCGGCCCCGUGGCUAUUUACUCGCCUCACAAAACCCAUCGUCAAGUUCCUACACACUCGAGGCAUCGUCUUCGAAACGUACAUCGACGACUGCAUUCAAGCCAACAAGGAUUCGAAAACUCUACUUCAUCACCUCGAUUUCUCUCAACGCCUACUUCAUCAACUAGGUUGGAUCAUCAACCCAAAAAAGUCCGAAACUAUUCCAACACAACGUCUCCAGUUCAUCGGAGCCCUCUUCGACACGAGUCUGGGCAAGAUGUUUGUACCCCAAGAUCGUUGGGAGAAAAUCCAACGCCUCGUUCCAUUGGCACUCAAACAGCCAAUUUCCUUACGUCAAUGGCAACAACUUCUCGGUCUCCUAAUAUCAGCACAAGCCCUCACCAAGAGAGGUCAACUUCACUUACGGCCAAUCCAGUGCUUCCUCAAGCCCUUCCUUCAGGACGACGAUUGUCAGGUUCUAAUAUCUCUUCCAAACCAUCUACACCCACACCUCAAAUGGUGGUUAACUCCAUCAAGUGUCUGCGAAGGAGUCUCCUUGCAACCAUUCAGCCCGACCCUCCACCUGUUCGUCGACGCCUCAACCGUCGGAUGGGGAGCUCAUUGCCAAGACCUACAAGUGGCAGGGCGGUGGUCAUUAGAAGAAAGCCAGCUUCACAUCAACAAUCUAGAAUUCAAAGCAGUGAUUCUGGCAGUGUCUCAUUGGUCAACACUCCUUCAGUCCUCCACACUAAUGAUUCAGUCAGACAACCUAUCUGUCGUGUGGUACAUAAACAAGAUGGGAUCCACCAAGUCAACGUCACUUCUAUCUCUAGCACUCGACUUCUUCAAACUGAUCGACUCACUCAACAUUCAAGUUCGAGCGAGACAUAUUCCCGGCAUCGCCAACGUCAUAGCCGACUCCCUGCCCCGACCCGACAAACCAUCUCCCACGGAAUGGCGUCUACAUCCUUUGUUCACGUAUCAGGAUCUCAACAUUCUUUGA